UAUCCCGCUGUCGUGGAUCUCUUUCUUCUUGUUAUUUGCCUCCCAAAGUCUUUCUAUUACUACUCUAUUUUCAUCCUCAAUUAGUCAUUUAUCUCCAUUUCCUCUCCCCAGUCUUUGUUUCCAACCUGUGCAAUAUCCAAUCUAGCUUCUAAUUUGUGUUCAAAAUCAAAUAUUACACUGAUCUGCUCUUGUAUACUUCUCAGGGUAGGGAAGGAAGAAAAAAUGGCGCUGAGUUGCAAUUUUUGCUGUUUUUCUUCUUCGUUCUCCAUUUUUCAUGGCCCCCCAAGCUCCUAUUCUUCUAGUAGCAAGUCUGUUGUAACCAUUCUUAACUGUUGCGAUUCAACAAAAUCCACCAGCCUACAAGUGAAACUAAACCCAAGAACCAGGAAUACUUCAUCAUUAACUUUGGCUAAUAUUUAUUUCUGCAACAAAUUUCAAUCUAAUUUGAAAGUUAAAGCUACAGAAUCUGAAGUAGAAGCGAGCCCAUUUACGAAAUCAGCACAAGAACGAGGAGAAGAAGUGGACUGCGUGGGUACAGGGCAAGAUGUUGAAUGUGUGGUGGUGCCUUCAACUGCCCCAUCUUCUAAGCCUUUGGACGAUAAACUCCCUCAAAACCCAGGAAAAAAUGAUCUUGAUUCUUCUUUAUCAUCAUCAAAUUUGGCUGGGGAGUUGGUGGAGGCAGUAUGGGAAUGGGGUCUGUUAAUUUCGCCUUUUUUCUUCUGGGGUACGGCUAUGGUGGCCAUGAAAGAAGUUUUACCAAAAACAGGUCCUUUUUUCGUCUCUUCUUUUCGGUUAAUUCCAGCUGGCUUGUUGUUGGUUGGUUUUGCUGCUCUCAAAGGUCGGAGGUUUCCUUCUGGCUUUAAUGCUUGGUUUCCUAUAUUUCUUUUUGCUCUCGUUGAUGCUGCCUGUUUUCAGGGAUUUCUUGCUGAGGGAUUGGAGAGGACAACUGCUGGACUAGGCAGUGUAAUAAUUGAUUCACAGCCUUUGACGGUGGCUAUACUUGCUGCUUUAUUGUUUGGUGAAUCCAUUGGGUUGGUUGGAGCUACUGGGCUCGUGUUUGGUGUCGUUGGACUUCUGCUUCUUGAGGUACCUGCUAUAUCUUUUGACAAGAGUAACUUUUCUCUGUGGGGAAGUGGUGAGUGGUGGAUGCUUCUGGCAGCACAAAGUAUGGCAGUUGGAACUGUCAUGGUCCGUUGGGUUACCAAAUACUCUGAUCCCAUCAUGGCUACAGGGUGGCACAUGGUUAUUGGUGGCAUCCCUCUUUUAGCAGUCUCCGUUCUUAAUCAUGAUCCUGCUCUCAGUGGGAGCUUUAAGGACCUUUCAUCGAAUGAUCUUUUGGCGCUUCUUUAUACCUCAAUUUUUGGAAGUGCUGUAAGCUAUGGCGUAUACUUCUACAAUGCUACAAGAGGUAGUCUCACGAAGCUCAGUUCUCUUACUUUUCUGACUCCAAUGUUUGCUUCAAUCUUUGGGUUCCUCUACCUUGACGAGACCUUCACUCCCAUACAAGUCAUUGGAGCACUCGUAAUUGUGGCAGCUAUUUUCAUGGUUAAUUACAAAACUUCUGAAGAAAAAUGACUUUUCUUGUAAAGAAAAGCAAUAUAUGGGGGGAGAUAUUAGAUUACACCAUGUGGUGAUGCCACUAAUACCAAUCACCCACCAGCAGGUAAUUGUGAUGGGACCCACCCAAGAAGGAUAGCUAAAGGUGGUCAGAUUUCCUCAAAAAAUGCAGGAUAAUAUAGCACUGUACAAAUGUUGGUAGGAUUAAGACUUUAGGAAUUGAACCGUAGUGAUGAUUAGAAACAAGUUUAGGCAGCAGCAUAGUUGUAAAGGCAUGCUUCUAAAAUGUUGUGUAUUUUCCAUGAGAUGGGUCGAAUUUAAAAACGACUUCGCUCUAUUAUGUAAAUCAGUAUUCUGUAUUUCAACAUAUCAGCAUUGUUACGCAGACAGGAAUUGAUAAUUGUUCCAAGAGGUCA